AAUUUGAGCUUUGCGAGUAUUUUUUAUGUGCAGAUUUGCAGCAAAUGAAGCAUUUCAAGUGAAAUUCUAAAUUAAUUUUUGAUUUGUGAAGAAGCUAAUGAGUGUCUAUAUAGAAGAGAACUUACCAACAUACUGCAUAUAGAAACAUUAAAAAUGGACCCUUCAGAUUAUGUUAUUAAAAACGAAAAUGAUGAAGAUGAAACGCAAAACACUAUCACUGCUUCAGACAACAUUCUAUUAGUUUGUGAUAUGAUUACGGAACAUAUUCCAAAGGAUGAACCACAAAGUAAAGAUCCAGUAUUCGUUACUUCAUCAAACGAAUUCAAAUCUGAAUUUAAUGAGAAUGAAGUCUUUGGUAAUAUGGAAAGAGAGUGCAUAAUAUCAGAAACAGAGAGUGACAACAGCAACUCCUCUUUGGAUAGUGCUAAUAUCAAUAAGUUGCAGUUGUCAGAUAUUGAAGACGAUGUUUCUUCUGUUUCCAGUAUAUCCUAUCCAAUAAGUGAUCAUACACCUUUCAACCUCUCUUUUGAAGAAGUGACUGUUGCAGAAACUUCAGUAUGUAGUACAAUAUACGAUGAUGAAAAUUAUGAUAUUGCAUUCGCUGAGUCCGCCAACGCUGAACAAAUUGCUCUAAAACAACUGAAAGAGCUAGAUAACGAAUGUUCGGAUAACGUAACGCGUCACUUCAAUCAAGCAGAAACAAUUCAACAAAAUAAUGAGUUAAACAACUAUGAAAGGGAAUUACUUUUUUCUUAUGUUCUUCAAGAAAAUAACGAGGUUGUAGACAUGGAAGAGGCUUUACAAGCGCAGCAGAACAUGCUUAUGAUGUAUAACAAAAAUAAAAAAAAAAGUGAUAAUCCUGACAUGAACGGGCAAACAAAUAAGCAUAAGUUUUUAGCCAGGUUUGAUAACAUAGAUGAGGAAUUGCCUUCCACUUCAAAAAAAGUGAAAACUGGAAGAGAAGGAAAUCAAACAGUUUUGGAAUCUAAUCACGCUUUAUCAAAACUUUUUGAUUUGGAGAGUGAUAAUGAUAACUUAUUUUAUUGCUAUGAAAUACCUCAGGCAAGCAUGGAACAAAUUGUAUCACCAUCUCAUAUAACAUCCUUUAUAGUUAAUGAUGAUGGAACUCUCAUGAGCUGCGAUGACAAAGAGAAUUCUAAUGAGAUCGGUUGUGAUAUUGAUUCUAUCGGCAUCGAAGCGUUAAAUUUAGAAGAAUUGGAUAAACUUAUCGCUGCACAGGACAUUGUAAUUGAAGAAAUUAAGGAAAACCAUGGUUCAAUUUCAAAUAAUGUCACAUCUCAAGCAGAGCAACAAAACUUUGAUUUAAGUAAGAACGACAAUGAAGCGCUUUACCCUUAUGUUAAGAAUAAUGUUGAAGAACAUAUUGGUUUUGAGAAAUCAUUGCAUGUGAAGAAAAAGUCACCAAUGAUGCAUAAACCUAAUAGACGACUGAAUAACAACUCUCGCAAGACUAAACAAGAAAAUAAAUUUAAUAUAAAGAACGCUUCAGUUCCAGGUUCCAAGUCAAUAUCUACCAACAGAAACAACUUCAAACGUGUAGGUAAUAUUUCCUCUGAUGCUAAGAAAUAUGAUGCGUUAUUAGAAUCAGAUUUGGAAGAAAGUGAAAAUAUCCCUUUAGAUAUAAAUGAGCAGGUGCCUUCAACUGUAAGGGAAUCUAGUCAACAAUUCUACACCACUCCAAUCGCAAAUGAAUUAGAUGACAACAGCGAAAGCAAUUCGACUAUUCAGAUGGAAUUGCCAUCGACUUCUGUUUAUAAUAAAUGUAAUAAAACAAUGAAAAGUGAAUACAAGUGCCAUCGAUGUGGGUUUCUGUUGAGCACGUUAGUGGAAUAUUGUUCUCAUGUGAGUGUGUGCGAUGCGCGCUCAGAAAAUCGUUAUUGUAAUGAAUGUCAGUAUUUAUUCCGGUCGGGUGAGAUGCUUCAGCAACACAAUAUCGAUUACCACAAUGGAGAAAAUGGCAAGCGAUUUGACAGAGAGCGCCAACUAAGUCACGACUCCAACUCUGGUGGCGAGAUUAAAGAAGGCAACUGUAGCAUAUGUAGUCAAAUUUUCUUUUACCGCAGCCCCAAAGGAAGCAACAAAUCCCAACGGACUUGUCAAACUUGCUUCUAUGUAAUAUCCGAAAGUGCCUCUUCGGCCGAAAAUUGCUAAAUAUUUUGAGUUUUGAAAAUGCAAAGUUAUAAUUAACUAGUAUCCUGUCAAUAGAAAUUUUUUAAAACCGUUUUUAU